GUUUCUAGCUACAACGAACAGCUCGACCGAGCACUAGAUUGUACCACGAUGCCGCCGAGAAUAUCCAGAGGCUCGCCGCCAUCCACCAAACCCCGUCCCUCCAUCCGCAACCCCAGAAAAUCCCAAAAGCGUGCCCUCGACGCCUUUUCCAUCGCCUCGCACUCCACCACCUCCCACCAAAAAAUUCGACAACACCGUCUCGGUGAAUCGGAUCUCUCGUCUCGCCGUAAACGGCCCCGUGGUGAAGAUGAAGGUCCGGAGGAUAGCGAGGACGAAGAUGCAACCGACGCUCGGAAAAGGAAGAUGAAGAAAGUGGACAGUGGGGAAUUGAGUCUGGACGAGGGGAGUGACUCGGAAGGGAAUAAAUGGACGAUGGGACGUGUGAAUGAGGAUGAUGAUAGUGACAUUGAUAGCGACGAGGCAUUUGGGGAGAGUGAUGAGGAGCGGUUUGAGGGGUGGGUUUUUCGGGGGAGUGUGAGUAAUCAGAAAAGGAAAGGGAAGCCGAGGAAGAGCGCAAAGGUUGUGGAUGAUGAAGAUGAGGCAAGGAUUGAGCAGAUUGAUCUCGAUGAGGGAGAGAGUGCAGAUGGGGAGGAGGAAGAUGAGGAUGACUUGGGGGAGGAUGCGAUUGAUCUUGCGACGGCGUUGGAUCAGUAUGAGGAUAGCGAGGAGGAGAGACCAAAGAAUAAGAAAAAUAAAAAAGCGAGGUUUGAGGAAAGCGAUGGUGAGCAUAGCCAGGAAGAAGACUUUGCUCUAGACGGAGCCUCCGACCUCUCCAUGUCAGAUGAGGACGACGAUGCUGAUCCCUCCAAGAUGGAAAAGCUAAAGAACUUAAUAUCAUCAUUGCCAACAGAAGAAGAAGCUCCAGCCAAAGGCACGCGAAAAGUUGAGGUUCAUGAAUCCGGCACUCCCUCCGAAUUCGGCGUCCUCAGGAAAGUCGACAUUGCGAGCUUCAAACCCAAGGUCACAGACCCGGACCGGAAAAGGUCACUCAAACUGUUACGGGAUGAUCUGAAACCGCCUAAACGGAAUGACAUUGCUAGGAAGCUCAAUGCACCCCUCCCAAAACGUCAACAGGACAAGCUAGAUCGGACUGCCGCCACAGAGAAAACCAACGAAACCCUGGGACGAUGGGUAGAUACUGUCAAGCACAACCGGCGAGCCGAGCACCUAUCCUUCCCUCUCGUGCAUCCUCGUGCUGGGGAAACGUUCGGCGAGAGCCGCCUCCAGCCUACUACAACGGAAGCUCCUACGAACGACCUUGAGAGCACCAUCCAAAAGAUCCUCCAGCAAAGCGGCCUCUCUAAUGGGAAGGACGACGAACAGCAGAUACAGAAAUGGGAAGAGCUGCAGAUUAAUAAGCUGCCGCUUGAAGAAGUCCAGGCACGCCGGGCGGAACUUCGCAAGCAGCGAGAACUACUCUUCCGCGAAGAAGUUCGUGCAAAGAGGGUGAAGAAGAUCAAGAGCAAGGCUUACCGGAGAGUUCAUAGGAAGGAACGCGAAAGGAUAGAACAGCGAGAAAGAGAUGCUCUGAAGGCGGACGGUGUAGAUGUCUCCGAAGAUGAGCGCGAGUACAAUGAUCGCCGACGCGCAGAGGAGCGAAUGGGUGCAAAACAUCGAGAGAGCAAGUGGGCAAAAGGCAUCAAAGACAGUGGUAGGGCGGCCUGGGACGAGGACGCUCGCGCAGGUGUGACCGAAAUGGCUCGUCGGAAUGAGGAGCUUCGGCGAAGAAUUGAGGGCAAGGAGGUUCGUGACGAGGAUGAGGUUGGCUCCGAUAUAUCUAGUGAAGAGGAUGAAAACGAAGGUGGAGAUGAUGCAGACGGUGCCCAAGGACUACAACGCCAGCUGGGUCGCUUGAAGCAAAACCCUUUCGCUACUGACCAAUCCAAGCUGGGCUCUAUGAUGUUCAUGCAAAAGGCUGAGGCGGCGAGGAAGCAGAGAAAUGACCAAGAGAUAGAGCAUCUACGACGAGAACUCGCAGGAGAGGAGGGCCCGAGCGAAGACGAAGACGAAAAUGCUGCGCGCGCUGGCCGUCGAAAAUUCGGCCCUACAACUAAUGCAGGUAUCCCCACCAUACAAAGUAAACGCAGUGAGUUCGAGGAGAGACCGGAUUUCGAUGAAGAGGCAGCCUAUGAAGGCGCAAAUGAUAACGCCGCUCAAGACUCUCUGGAUGAUAUCACCAAGGCUACACCCACCAAGUCAAAGCAACCCCAAGGAGCGGCCUCACCAAGGAAUGUUGUGGUAAACAACCCUUUCUUAAUGAAAGCAUCGAAGGAGAAGAGGCCCAAGAAGAUGGAAGCCGGUCAAGAACCUGACCUCUCGUGGAAAGCGCAUGAUACAAUCCAAGCCAGCCAGCAGAAGGCAAAGCCGAAGACCAAAAUCAAGAUCAAAACGAAGUCAUCAGACGACAGUCUCCCUGAACCUGAGAUCAGUGCGCCAGACGCGGACGGCUGGCAAACUGUCACGUACGGUAAUAACACCAACCAAGAUCAGGAUGACACCGAGAGCGAGGGUGUUGACCUCGGCAUCGUACUACGCAAUCAGGAGCUCACAGCCAAAGGCUUCGCAGGUGAUGACGUCGAAGCCGAUUUCGCCGCUGAAAAGAGGGCCAUUAUGGAAGACGAAGAUGACAAGGUUAUCGACAACACACUUCCAGGCUGGGGCAGUUGGGUCGGCGAAGGACUCAGCAAGUGGGAGCAAUCUAAGAACAAAGGCCGCAGCCUCGUCAAGCAAAAUGGUAUACAGGCAAAUAAGCGGAAAGAUGCGAAGCUCGAAAGAGUCAUUAUCAAUGAGAAGAAAGUUCGGAAGAACAAAAAGUAUCUUGCGAGCUCAUUGCCGUUCCCAUAUGAGACUAAGGAGCAGUAUGAGAGGAGUUUGCGGUUACCAAAGGGGCCAGAGUGGACGACAAAGAAAACGUUUCAGGGUGCGACUAAGCCGAGGGUUAUUGUUAAGCAAGGGAUCAUCAGGCCAAUGGCGAAACCGCUGGUUUAG